UCACUGAAUUACCGACAAUUCUGUUCCUCUUUUAGCUUAUAAGACAUUUUUCUGUUGAAUUAUAGAAACCCUAGAAAUAAUUUUCGAUGAUUUUUCGAUUUUGAAGAUGUCUCGGUGCUUCCAGUAUCCACCGCCUGGUUAUUCUCCGAAUACAGCAAGCAAUUAUGCCUUGAUCGAAUCGAUUAAGCUCCAGAGGUACGAGGAAAGAGUCACAUUGGAAAGGAAGAAAGAAAAGAGAAGGAAGAAGAAAGAGAGAUUCAGAAAGAAGGAAAAAAAGGCGAAGCAAGUAUCAACUUCAAGUUGUUUUCGAACUCGUGAUUUGAUUUCUAGAGGAGAUAAUAGAGAGUCGAGAACUAAGUCCUUGCAGAAAGAUAUUGAGGAUGAAAUUGUUGAGCGGUUGGAGAACAGUAGUCUAUCCGAGGAACACGGCAAGCCUGUCUGCUCACAAGAUCCAAGCUACUCAUCUGACAGCACCCAAAAUAACAACAAAAGAAAGAGAUCUACCUCAUCUUCAAAUGGAAUACAUGACCAUGGUCCUAAUGUCCGCAUUCGAAUGUCCUCACAUAAUCAUGGACAAUGUGAUAUAUCUAUCAAAGAAGACUGUUUCAAAGAAUCUGCUAACUACGAGGUAGAAAGAGCCUCUCCCUUGUCGAAAACCAACCAGCAAUUGACCCCUUUCAUGUCAGAGGACAAGACAACAACUGUUUCUUGCUCCAAAUUGCACGGGAACGAUUUAGAACUAGAGUUCAAGAAUUUGAUUAUUAACUGUGUUCCACCAAGUUCCGGUUAUGAGUUUGAUGAUCAAGAUUGGCUGUUCCGGAGAAAGCAUGAGCAGAUGAGAGUGAAGGAAAAAGGCGAAGUUAGCAACGACAUGUCUUGUGGAACCUCUGCGUUGUUGCCGCAUGCGCAAUACCUAGAUGAUCCUGAACUAUAUGCAUUCCCUUUCACAGUUCCUUUUUGAGUUGCUUGUAGUAAAUUAACCAGGGAACUUUUAGCUCUUUCUCUGAAAAGCUUAUAGGUGGAAUACCUAAUUGAUUGGUACAUGAGUUUACCAUUUUACUUCAAUAAUUAAUAGUCUUAAAAAUGGAUUUAAGGUGGACACAAUCUUUAGUAUUUUGAAUUAAUGAC